UUCCUUAAACUACUACACACACUCUCUCUCUCCUUCUCUAUCUCUCUCUAGUCUAAGCUUCGUAUGUCCGAAACCCAAAUCCGAGUUUGAACGAACGACUCUCUCUCUGGCUUGCUCGGCAAUCGAAUUCCCACAUCUUUGAGUUUAUAUUUGCAGAUCCCAACAUUUCCAGCAUGCCUAGCUCACAAGGGGAUCCACUUUCACAAGUGGAAACAACGUGUGGUUCGCUGCUAUAUGAACUGCAGAUAAUAUGGGAUGAAGUAGGGGAAUCUGAUUCUGAAAGAGACAGAAUGCUGCUUGAGCUUGAACAAGAAUGCCUCGAGGUAUACAGGAGAAAAGUAGACCAAGCGAACAAGUGCAGAGCUCAGCUAAGGCAGGCAAUUGCAGAUUCUGAAGCAGAACUUGCAGCUAUUUGUUCUUCAAUGGGGGAACGGCCAGUGCACAUUCGGCAACAGUGUGAGCAAAACUUGAAAGGCCUAAAGGCAGAACUCAGAGCAAUUAUUCCGGAAAUUGAGGAGAUGAGGAAGAGGAAGUGUGAAAGGAAGAAGCAAUUUGUUGAAACAUUAGAGCAGAUACAAAAGAUCAAAAGUGAGAUUCAUAGGUCUGCUGGCAACCAUUCUAGCAGUGCAGCAAUGGAUGAAAGUGAUCUAUCUUUAAGAAACCUUGAAGAGUUGCACCGAGAACUUCAGGCACUUCAGAAAGAAAAGACUGAACGCCUAAAGCAGGUAAUGGACCAUCUAGGUACUCUGAAUUCAUUGUGCUUGGUGCUUGGUAUCGAUUUCAAACAUACCGUCACUGAGGUCCAUCCAAGUCUUGGCCAAUCUGAAGGAGCAAAGAACAUUAGUGAUGAUACCAUACAAGCUUUAGUUGUAGCAAUCCAGAGACUGCGAGAAGUUAAAAUACAAAGGAUGCAACAGGUGCAAGAUCUUGCAACCUCAAUGUUGGAGUUGUGGAAUUUGAUGGAUACACCAGUUGAAGAGCAACAGAUGUUUCAAAGUGUUACUUGUAAGAUAGCUGCCUCAGAAGCUGAGAUAACAGAGCCAAAUAUGCUCUCUGUGGAAUUUAUUGAUUAUGUUGCAAGAGAAGUAUCACGUUUGGAAGAGCUUAAAGCAAGCAAAAUGAAGGAACUUGUUUUGAAAAAGAGAUCAGAGCUAGAGGAGAUCUGCCGAAAAACACAUAUACUUCCGGAUUCAGAUCACGCUAUGAAUGUUGUUAUUGAAGCUAUUGAAUCAGGAGCUGUUGAUGCUGCUAGUGUGCUCGAGCAGAUUGAGCUUCAAAUAGCUCAAGUUAAAGAAGAAGCUUUUAGCAGGAAAGAAAUACUUGAAAAGGUUGAAAAGUGGAUGACUGCAUGUGAGGAGGAGUGCUGGCUCGAGGAGUAUAAUAGGGAUGAUAAUCGCUACAAUGCUGGACGAGGUGCCCAUCUUACCCUGAAACGUGCUGAGAAAGCUCGUGCUUUGGUUAAUAAACUGCCAGGAAUGGUCGAGGCGCUGGCUUCGAAAACCAAGUCAUGGGAAAAUGAAAGGGGAAUUGAUUUCCUAUAUGAUGGGAUUCGUCUUCUUUCGAUGCUCGAGGAGUAUAACAUUCUAAGGCAAGAAAAAGAGCAGGAGCGCAAAAGGCAGAGGGAUCAGAAGAAACUUCAGGGACAGCUGAUAGCUGAACACGAGGCUAUUUAUGGAUCAAAACCAAGUCCGAUGAAGAACCAAACCAAGAAAGGUCCCCGUUUGUCUUGUGGUGGCGGGCAAAGUAACAGAAGGAUGUCUGUUGGAGGCCUGCAGACUCCCAAACCCGAGAUAAUCCAUCCCGCAAAAGCAACUCCCAAUACUACCCGUCAAGCUAAGAAGACUGAGCGUGUUCUUCAGUAUGAUCCCCCGGUUGAUGAUGGGUUCUCAGCAUUAUCAGCAGGGAGGAGAGGUUUGGACAUAGCUGGUCUUCCUAUGAUGAGGAGGCCAUUUUCGCCCAUUUCUUCAACAGAUUCAUCACGGUCCAAUGCCACCAAUGUCUUGGAUGAGCUGAACAGAAAGCAACAACAACAACAUAGCGAGAUGGUUCAGAAAACACUGUCUACACCGGUGAAAACAAUCCCAAUCCCAAACCCCAAUGUCGAAGAAGAGAAUAGAACUCCAAUGGCAAUGCCAAUUCCCAUCCCGUCAACGCCAUCAACCGUGACCAUUCCCAUGCAGACAGCCAUAACGCCCGCCCCUCUCAGCGUUGUUCCAUACAAUGCUGCCAAGGCAAUGGAAGAGACGGGCGAGGAGAUCGAGUAUUCGUUUGAAGAGAGGAGGGCUGGAUUUGUUGUUCCAAGAGAGGAGGGCUGGAUUUUUUGUUCCAAGACCUUGAUGCUAGUCUGAUGAUGAUACAAAGUAUGUAUACUGACUGUCUGUCAUUUGUGGGUUCUGAAUUUGGUGUAGUUGGUAGUGAAUAUGGGGUUGGUCUUGUGAAGCCAAUUCUAUUGGCUUCUUUUUAUUUGUACAUUGUCUGAUUGUCUACGGCAUUAAGCGUAGACUACUGGAUAAGUCACAUUUGUUCCAUCUGUGCAUUAAGCUGGUUUUGGUUUUCCCUUUUAAUUUAAUUUAUUUUUCUA